AUGAGUCGUUCUCGCUCUAUAGCAUCUCAGGAACAGUUUGGAAUGGAUGGUGUUGAUAUUACCGGGACAUCCCAAGCUGAUUGUGCUGUUCUCAUCAUUGAUUUCACUACUGGUGGUUUUGAGGCUGAUAACAAUGAUCAUAUGAGAGAUGAUGAAAUAGAUGAAGAUUGGAAAACAUUUUUGGUUACAUAUACUGGUGAUGAUGAUGAUGAAAUGGAUGAAGAUUAUAGGUUCUUUUUGGCUACAUAUAAUUCUGAGAUUGAAACAGAUUGUGCUAGUAAUCAUAGUGGUGGUUCAAACAUUGGUAGUGAUGAAACGGAUGAAGAAUAUAGAUCCUUUUUAGCUACAUAUGAUCCUGAUGUUGAAAAUGACAGUGCUGGUAAUCAAUGUGGUGGUUCAAAUAUUGGCAAUGAUGAAACAGAUGCGGAAUACAUAUCGUUUUUAGCUACAUAUGAUCCUAAUGUUGAAAAUGACAGUGCUGGUAAUCAAAGUGGUGGUUCAAAUAUUGGCAAUGAUGAAAUAGAUGCGGAAUACAUAUCGUUUUUAGCUGAUCCUGCUGUUGAAAAUGAUAGUGUUGGUAAUCGAAGUGGUGGUUCAAAUGUUGACGUCAACUUAGGCAACAACAAUGUCAAGAAGGAAAUAGAAGAAGGCUACAAUUGUUUUUCAAAUCAAUUUGUUCCUGAUUAUAUUAGCAACAGGGUUCAUGUUGAUGAAGAUGAUCGGUUAUUAAGAAAAAGUUUUAGUGUUGGGAAAAGCACAUUACUUUCUAAUCAAGAAUUUGAUACCCCUAAAAUGCAACGUGUUGUUGAUGAAGAUUAUAAACAAAUCCUUAAUUCUGGGAGGGUUGUUGGUGGUGAUUUUGUCUAUGGUUCUUUUAUGAAUGCCAAUGACACAUCCAAUGUGAAAGAUGAACGUAAUUCCUCUGAUUCAGAUCUAAUUGUUUUGGAAUCUUGUCCAUAUUGUGAAAACACCCCUUUCAAAUCUUCAAAAGCAUAUGAUUCAUCUUGUUUUGGAGAAGAAAUGCACCCGAAAGACAACAAGCAAAUGACUUGUAUUUAUCAUUCUCAAUUUCGGAAAAGACUUGUGGAAUAUCUUGAUAGGCCUUAUGACUAUGAAGAGUAUAAAUCUCUUCUUGCUAAAGCAAAUGAACGAAGGCAAAAGGAACGUCAUUUAGAAACACGGCAGGUGGUGAUUGAGUCAUAUCACUGUGGAGGUGUCACCAAAUCGCAUCUUGAUUCGCACCCUGAUGUAGCCAAAGCUAUUGCCAUGGAGUCCAAGGAAAAUCGUAUUUUGUUUCUCUUGCGUGGAUUUUUUUCUGGAUACAAAUUUUUUCUGGAUACAAGUAUUACCAUUUCAUUUUAUGAUACGACGCGGUUGGUUGACAUGGAGCACCUUACUGCCCACCACCAGCGGCUUUUAGUAGAGUUUUGCAGUGGUAUACAAUCGCCAAUAUCAUUCGGUGGUUUUGGGAGUUUAUUAAGACAUCUAGGGGGACUGUCAGCGGCCCAACUUGAGUGCUUCAUGGUUGUUCCAAAAAGGAAUGUCAGCGAAGCAACAGUCCCAUGA